AUGGACUUCCAAGGUCAUGUUCUAGUAGUAACUUUAACCUUUUACUUUUACUUACUCUUCUUGUUUUUCCAUUCUCCGUUACAAACAAAUGCAUCAUCAUCAUCAUCAACUAAAUUAAUUGAAAGUGUUUGCAAGAAUACUAUAGACAAUGCCAACUGCUUAAAAGCUUUGGAAUCUGAUCCUCGAGCUGUAAAGGCAUCCCGGUUGAAAGAUCUUGCUAAGAUUGCUCUUGAAUUAGCUGUAGCCAAUGCUACAGAAAGCAAAGCUUAUAUUGAUGCAUUGCUCACCAAAAACCACACUGAACCCAUUAAACAAUGCUCUUUUUGGUUCGAAGCAGUGGUUGGAUCAUUCCGAAGUGCACUUCGAGAAUUAGACGAGGAUGUUUUGAGUGCUAACUAUGACUCCAAAAUCGCUGGUGACGAUGCUGAUAGUUGUGAGAAUGCCUUGGCUUUGGGAAAGGUUCAAAUUCCAUCCAUUUCGACUAGAAACAAUUACGCCAAGUUAUAUAGUAGCAUUGCGUUUGUGAUUACAAAUCUGCUUUGA